CGGGAUGACCACGUCCCGCGAGUCGUCCGUACCGUUACUCCCGGUUAAAACUCGUCAUAACCUCAUCCUCCCUGCAACAUGCGGCGAGUCCUGGUCGGCGUGACGGUGGCGGUGGUGGCGGCCCUGGUGGCCUCGGCGGUUGGCGCCCCCGCGACCACGGGGGAGGAAGCGGGCUCGGGUGACGACACAGGGGAUGUCGUGUACGACCAGCGGCAGAAUGGCAGCGAGAACCUGCGCGUGAGCGUGAGCGACGUGAUGGUCCUGGUCGCCCCUGCGGACAGCCUGGUGCCCAUGGCGGAGGGUGCUCUCAACAGUCUGGCUCUGGGGGUCGUGGGAGCAGCUGUCAUGGACAAGGUUAAGGCCCCGGCACCAGAUUGCUCAGAACAUGGGAAGUGCAAGGCUGCAUCCUUGAGAUCUCGCCUAAGACUGUCCAACCUGCUUCAGCCUCUAGUCAACCGAGCCCACCACCGAAAGUAGCCGAGGCCUUCGCUGGAAGUGGGCGUUAUGGACUGAACAGUGGACCGACCAUGGACCGGCUGACGACUGGAUCUUUCUCAAAUGACGUAAUUCCACCGAAAACAUCGAUCGAUUUAUAUUUAGUUUAAGACUUGCCAAAUUCUCGUUCAACUUGCUUCUAAAAACUUGCCAAAUAAAAAUAAUAAAUCUAAA